GGCUUAUAACUGAAGGUUAGAUGACAAACAAAAUAAGUCCUUAAAAAUUCGUUAAAUCAUAUCGGAGGUAUAAUGCUCAUAUUCUAAACAUAUAAAGAAUGAUUCAAGAGUCGUUGAUUAAACGUUGUGUAAAGAAAGUAACGGAUAAUCUUGACGUUAAGAUAACGUACGGCAAACUUUCUACAGUGAUUCUUGUACUAACAAUUUCGGGAGCAUCGCUGGCUGGUUUAGCAAAACUAUUAAUUACUGCAUCAGAUAUAGCUGGAACAGAAAAGUGUGGAAAGGUACCUCAUGGAAACGGCUGCGUGAUUAACUGGUGUUAUUAUGGCAUGCUGAAGGGAAUUUACUGGAGAUACAUGGGAGUGUGCACGCAUCCUUGUACACAGGAAGCGGAGGCCGUGUUUAAUGAAAGCGGAUGUGGCGCUGUUGAACACUGUCUACAAAACCUAAUGACGAAAAUCUCAAAACACGAAGAAUAUAAAACACAUGAAGAACAUAAAAAACAAAAAGAACAUAUAAAAUGUGAAGAACAUAAUAAACAUGAAGAACAUAAGAAACAUGAAGAGCUAUAGAAACAAACGUUGUUAUUUUGAAAUCCCUCUUCGACUUACCAUUUAUCCAUGUCAAAUAUAUGUUUAAAAUUGAAUUAUUGAUUAAUCUAUUUUAAUAUUAAUGCAGAAAUGUUUUGAAAAAAAUACAUUAAUUUUUUUCCCCAAUUCCCGUUAAUUAUAUUUUUGUUCGUCUGUUUGCAUAAAUUAUAUACUAUUCUGUUAAUAUUUUUCAUGUAUUUUUUUGUCGUAUUGAAUAGUGUCAAUGUUUUGCUUUUAAUUAAAUUUUGACAUAUCAAUGUUGUAUUGUUAAUUUAUAAUAUAUAAUGU